AUGUCCAUCAUUGCGCUUACAGAGGAUCCAGAUUGCCGAAUGAAUAUUGAGGAUUUGUAUCAGCUAUCAGCACAACUUGGGUUCAAGAUAGAGCCGCACGAUGCCAAGGAUUAUCUGCUGCUGCUGAGAUCUUUCGCGGCCGUCAUGCAGCAGGUGAAAGAUGGCUCUGACUACAUCCAUCCCGCCCUCCAACCGCACCCUUGUAUUGGCGUGCGAGACUUCUGGUCUCCAGAGCCCGGGCAGAACCCAUUCAAUGCUUGGAGCCAUCGAUGCGAGCUGAAGUCGGCCAGUCCCGUCAACAAUCUGCUCCAAGGACGCACAGUAACAAUCAAGGACAACAUAGCGAUUGGCGGACUACCCACCACGAUGGGUACGUCUCCGCAUAUCCUAAGGCGCAGCGGUGUUUUGCCUAGGUCUUCGAUUGACGCUACCGUGGUAUCUCGCAUUCUGGCUGCUGGCGGCGUUGUGAAAGGAUCUUCAACGUGUGAGAGCUUCUGCGCUUCCCCGUUAGCCUUCACGUCCGGAAUAGGUCCAGUGCAUAAUCCCCUCCUUCACGGGUUCACGACAGGCGGAAGCAGCAGUGGUUCAUGUGCCCUGGUGGCUGCGUGUGCUCUGAGAAAGUGUAGAAAUGAUAGUCAGAACCUCCACCUAGGAGCCGUGGCCGAGGUAGCAGUGGGAAGCGAUCAAGCCGGCUCCGUAAGGAUCCCAGCAUCUUACACCGGGCUUUACGGGCUCAAGCCGACGUUCGGUCUCAUCCCUUAUACAGGUGCUGCAUCUAUGACACCCAUGAUUGACCAUCUUGGGCCCAUUGCGUCGAGUCUUGAAGACAUCGCAGUAUUGUUGAAAGUUAUGUCUGGUUAUGAUGGACUGGACCCUCGGAUGACACCCGAAUCGCCGCUCUUGGACCAGGUUGAAGACUAUCCCGACAUACUAAAAGAUGCGAGGCAAAAGCUCUCGAGCAACGACGCCAGCAAGUUAAAUGAGACUAAGACUUUGCGUGUUGGUCUGUUGGAAGAAUCUUUUUUCGUCUCAGGAGUCUCGCCUGAGGUAAGAGAGACAGUUCGAGAUGCAGCAAAAUUGUUUUUCACCUCAGCUGGCGCCGAGGUAGUCAACAUCUCUGUGCCUAUGCAUAAGGAAGGCGCUGUCAUUUGGACGGCCGCCACACGCCCUUCCAUGUCAGACUGGCUGUGCCAGGGUCGCAGUACAGGCCAUCUUUCGUUCCCACCAGCUCACAUGGGCAUGGAAUGGCCUCCAACACAAGAAGUCUAUGAACGACUAACAGCGUUGAACCCAGCUGUGGUGAACAUUAUGCUAAGCAAGUUGCUCUCAGACCGAGAGUUUGGCCCAAGUGUUGAAGCAAAGGCUCAUCGGAAGGUAUACGAGCUGCGGGCCGCAUACGAUGCUGCGCUGGAUGAGGUGGAUGUCCUGAUCACGCCCUGCGCGCCGACGGUCGCGAUGCCUCAUCCGAAACUCAAAACAGAGGACGGAAGCAGUUCUACGAUACUAGAGAAGCUGAAAACAGCGGUUGGUGUGACGACCAAUACUUGCCCAUUCAACGUGACGGGUCAUCCGGCUAUAUCUGUGCCUUGUGGCACUGCGGCAGCCGCUGAUCACCCUGACAUUCAACUGCCGAUCGGUAUGCAGAUCAUAGGACGGAGGUGGCACGAUGCGGAUAUUCUCGUGGCGGCGGCUAUGUUCGAAGAAGGUCAACGGAAAUCGAAAGAACAUACUGCUGAAGGUCUGAAAACGUCCGGUGACCAAGAGUAA